AUGUUCCACUGCAACGGCGACGAGUUGCCGCCGUCCCGGCCCGCAGCCGUCGAGACCCGAGCCGUGUGGGAGAGGCACGCACCAGCAUCUGAGCCGAUCGCAAACUCGCUGCUCGCCUCGCUGCUCCUGGAGGACCUCGUGCCCGAAGGUGGCAUCCUCGAUGUCGGCGCCUUCGACGGCGUUUUUGCCAACUUUUACGCGGAAUUGAUGCCCCACCGCACGAUUUACGCCAUCGACCCUUCCAUGGAGAACAUCAAGAAGAUGCGGCUGCCCAAGCAGGCUCGCUCGUUGCCGCAGCAGUCGAGCUCCACAGCAGGCCGAAGCGGUUGCCCGCCCGCUCCUCAGGCCCGCAACCUCUGCUCGCUGUGGGGCGCGGUGGGCGAGGCGGACGAGGCGGCACAGGUGAAUCUUACAGACGCGGAGGCGAAUGGGUCGCAGCCGGUGAGGGACCGAGGGCAUCUUGACCUCGAGGGGCACGAGCUACCGACCCUCAGCGGGGCCCGCCAGCUGCUGCAGAGAGACAAGCCGCUGCUCUCGUACGAGGUGGCGGAGAUCGCAGGCAUGACCGCCGACGUGCGCAACGUGCUCGCCGUGCCGGCCUCGCGCCUGCGCGCCUUCACCAGCUCCCCCGCCCUCACCGCCGCUUACCUUGGCAACACCGCGCUUGCAAAGUCCACUCUCAGCCAGCUGCCCCCCUCGGACGCUCAGGCCCUCCUCCCGGUCCACAAGUGGAUCGGGUCGGUAGUCGCGCAGGGCGGGGCCGAUCUGACCUUCUUCACGCGCCGGCGCUGGUACGACCAGGGCUGGAAACCGCAGCUGAGAGACCGCAGGGAGAGGACGAACCACGUCUGGCAAAUAAGACGCCCGCUCAACAUGUCGGGCAUGACGAACGACCAGGACGUGCCGCGCGCUUUCGAUGUGGAGGCGGAAACAACGACCGGGUCCGCGUUUACCCGUGCCGUCCGGGAGUCGAAACCCCGCAAGGUCAAGUCGAGUUAA